ACAUCUUCCAAUAAAUUUGAUUUGAUUUACAUUUGACCGCUGUAGUGGUCAUUAGUAAAAGAUAAGUUCACAUUACGUUGUAAAAUCUUAAGUUAUUCGUUAAAAUAAUCCAGCAAUAUGACAACCCUGAGAAGUAUGACUCGCCUGCUACUAAAGUCCGUACCGGCAGCACACAAGAUAGCUACGACUCGACGGUUUGUGCAUGCAUCGUUUCAGAAUUUUGCUAAAAAACCUGCGGAAACUCAAUCUGGAGAGAAAUUGCGAGUCACCAUGAUUCCUGGGGAUGGAGUUGGACCAGAAUUAAUGUAUUCAGUGAAGGAAGUGUUCACAGCAGCUGAUGUUCCAAUCCAGUUUGAAGAAUUUUGGGUAAGUGAGGUUCAAGACCGAUGUUCUGAUGAACAGAUUGCAGAACUUAUUCAUUCCGUUGCUAAAAACAAAGUUGCACUUAAAGGUAUUCUUGCCACACCUUCUUGGUUUGACAUGGGAGAACUACAAUCUGUUAACAUGAACAUAAGAAAACAGUUGGAUUUGUUUGCAAACGUUGUUCGUGUAAAAAGUUUACCUGGAAUCACCACUCGACAUGGAGCGAUCGACAUCGUGGUUAUUCGGGAACAAACAGAAGGAGAAUACAGCGCACUUGAGCACGAGAGUGUACCUGGUGUGGUGGAAUCUUUAAAAAUCAUAACCCGGGUAAAAUCGGAGAGAAUUGCUAAAUUUGCUUUUGAUUAUGCAACCAAGCAUGGAAGGAACAAAGUUACAGCAGUUCAUAAAGCAAAUAUUAUGAAACUUGCUGAUGGAAUGUUUCUUGAUUCUUGCCGAGAAGUUGCCAAACUUUAUCCUAAAAUUAAGUUUGAAGCUAUGAUUGUAGAUAACACUUGUAUGCAACUUGCCUCCCACCCUUCUCAAUUUGACGUGAUGGUAAUGCCAAACUUGUACGGGAACAUCAUUGAUAAUUUGGCUGCAGGUCUCGUUGGAGGCGCUGGUGUGGUGCCGGGUGAAAGUUACAGCCCUGAUUGUGUGGUGUUUGAAACUGGAGCUCGCCAUCCAUUUGCACAAGCUGUUGGACGUAACAUAGCCAACCCCACUGCCAUGCUAAUGUGUGCUGCUAAUAUGUUGCAUCAUAUGAAUUUAGUGGCGCACGCCAAACUUGUACAAGAUGCACUUUUAAAAGUUCUUCGAGAUGGAAAGAUACGCACCACUGACUUGAAGGGUUAUGCAACCACCACCGAAUUCACAGCUGCAGUUAUUAAUAAUUUAGGUAAAGCUUAAAACUCGCCAAGAUUCCACACAAGUUUAUUAUUUAUUUAAUGUUAGGCUGCUAGUUCCGUUUAUUUUUUUCCCAAAGUUCAAUAAAAAAUAUUUUGUUGUCAAAUCUUUUAUAUGACGUCCCAGUUUACGUCAUUGUAUGACGUCAGAAGUACUGAAAGUUGUUGUUGUGGCGUGCUCCCUACGUCCUAAUAAUAUUUCCGUUUGAGAACGAUUAUUACGCAAUAAUUAAGUUAAUGAUGAAAUUGUACCUUAAAUAGCAUCCACACAUUUAGCUUUAAUUAGGGUUCAAAUUACAAAGAAGUUCAAUUCUCA